AUUUCCCGGGUCACUUUCGGGGAAGAGCUUCAAGAUUUCGUCUUACUAAGAGGCUUCUGCCUGUGCAGAUGGCACCACGCGAGAAGAAGGGUCAAUUGAAGCGAGGUCGGGGCGGAGCAGGCGAAGAGAAAGACUCGAAGAAACCGAGACGGUCGGAACGAUUAUCGGCGACGACCCCGGGAUCGAAUAAACAAAACCUUCCUUCCCCAAUUACGCAGCAAGAUUCCGUAUCCUCCAGUGAAGCCUACAAGGAGGCAACUGCGACGCCACCGGAAGGUCGGCCGAGCCAGCUUCACCAUCGCCCAUACGAUCACCACGUCCUCAACGAACCCGGUUUUUCAUCCCCGCCGCAAGAUACACAACCAUUCUCUCAAUUCGUCUACCCUACAUCCGCGUUAUCGGAAGACGUGAAUGAUGAGACCGAAGAGGGUGUUUGGGGAUACUUGCUUCCGCUGGACCCAAAAUAUGGCAAAUCUUUGGUCUUGAAGAGGCGAAAUGCUUGUCCAUUGCCAGGUGGCAUGGAGAAUUUCGGCAAAGCCAGUGGGAGCAGGAUGUCUACUAACGGCAAGGGAAAGGAUUAUGAGAAGGAGGAAGAAGCUUAUGAGCAAACGAAGUUGAAAGGUAUCGCCUCCGGCGGAUAUCUAAUAGGGCGACAUCCUGAAUGCGAUCUAAUCAUCGAUGACCCUAUCGUAUCUAACAGGCAUUGUCUUCUCUUCACAGAAAAUAAAGGAGGCGAUACGGUUGCUGUAGUGGAGGAUUUGUCGAGCAAUGGCACUUUCGUCAAUGAAGCUCUAAUUGGGCGAAAUAAACGCCGAGAACUACAAGAUCAGGACGAGAUCACAGUCAUGGACAAAGCAAGAUUUGUGUUCAGAUAUCCGAAGAACCGAGAGACAAGUGCCUUUUUGCAGCAAUACACACUUUUGGAGAAGUUGGGAAAGGGCCACUUUGCCGAGGUCUUCCUAUGCGUUGAGAAAGCUUCCGGUCAACGAUAUGCAGUCAAGAUCUUCACCAAGCAACCUGGUGUGGAGGAACGUUCAAAGACCGAAGGUUUACAGCAAGAGAUAGCAGUUCUGAUGGGCGUGAGCCAUCCUAACAUGCUCUGUUUGAAGGAUACGUUUGACGAGCCUAAUGCCGUCUACCUGGUGCUAGAACUGGCUGCGGAAGGGGAAUUGUUCAACUGGAUCGUUAUGAAGCAGAAGUUGACAGAGGCAGAGACGAGAAAAGUCUUCGUCCAGCUAUUCCAGGGAGUAAAGUACCUACAUGAGCGAGGAAUUGUCCACCGUGAUAUUAAACCAGAGAACAUUCUUCUCACGGACAAAGAUCUCCACGUUAAGCUGGCUGAUUUUGGCUUGGCCAAGAUCAUUGGCGAGGAAUCUUUCACUACCACAUUGUGUGGAACGCCCAGUUACGUCGCCCCUGAAAUUCUUAAAGAUACUCAACACCGCCGAUACACUCGUGCAGUCGACGUUUGGUCCUUAGGAGUUGUGCUCUACAUUUGUCUUUGCGGCUUUCCACCCUUCUCUGACGAACUUUACUCCAAGGAGAAUCCUUACACCCUCACCCAACAGAUCAAGACAGGAAGAUUCGACUACCCCUCGCCAUAUUGGGACUCUGUCGGCGAUCCAGCUCUCGAUCUCAUCGACCGCAUGUUGACUGUCGACGUUGAGAAGCGAUAUACUAUCGACGAUUGUCUUGAGCAUCCUUGGACUACGCAGAAGACGUUAAAUGUCAACGACAGCACUGAUGGACUAGUAGGUGGCAUCGCCAAUCUUGAUUUCAGCAAACGCAAGGUGGCUCGGGAACGAACGCUUCUCAGCUCUAUCAACGAUGUGAAGAUCACUCGAGUGAUCGAGAUUGAGUCUGAUAAAGACCCUGUCAAAGUCUACAUCAAGAACCCCAAUGCGAAGUCCGUUCAAAACAAAGUCAGCAAGUCGGUUGAGACAAACGCCAACGGAGUGCCAAAGAGCUAUCCAGGAGCACCAAAAGGUCCAAAGCAAGAAGAGACACCCUCUCAAAAUCGCGACCCAAUAGAAUUCAUGGGUCUCGGCGGGAAAGGAGAUCAAGAGCUCUUUGGCAACGAAGGUUCGAUCUACUCGAAAAACGAGUUCCUCGGGACGACGAAGAGCUGAUGAGAAUAUUAUGUGACAGUUUAAAAGAACCCUUUCUGUGGUUUCCUUUAUCAUAUGAAGCAGGAUUUCAAGAUCUUCGACCUCCCCUACCUUCCUCUGCCUCACUGGAUCCUAUGAACCUUGAUCCGCCUCAUUUCACAUCAUUGUAAUCAAUUCCAUGUACAUAUGUCUUUGUUUGCGUUUGGGAAGGGCCUGGGUUGGGGAAAAGCGUGCAUCAUUGGGUCGAGAUG